AGUCGGGAGUCGACAGAGCAAAGCAGAGGUGUCUGUGUGGUGUUUCCGGUGGGCAGCGGGCAUGGGUGUGGGAGAUGUACCUGCAUGUACCUGAUUUCACAGGUUGCAUUAGGUCAUAUUUCUGCAAGGAGAAUGUGGAUGCAUAUGAGUUUUUGAGUUGAGCUGUAUUUUGUGGCAUUGGACGUGGAACCCAGGGGCGCUCUACUACUGGCCACAUACCCAGCCGUUUAUAAUUUUUUUUAUUUUGAGACAGGGUCUCGCUAAGUUGCUCAUGCUGGUCUCAAACUUGCGAUGCUCCUACCUCUGCCUCCCGUGCCACUGGGAUUACAAGUGUGCCGUUACACCCAGCUUGAGCUGUAUUUUUAAGAGGAGAAAGUGUGUGUUGUGUUUCUAAGAUAAGAAUGUGUACUGUAUUUCUAAUGAGGGUGUGUAUGUUAAGAGAGGGUAUGUGUGUGUUGUGUUGUUUGAAACAAGGGAGUGUGUGAGUGUGGGUGUGUUGAGUUGUGUUUCUGAGGGGAGAAUGUGUGUGUUGCACUGUGUCUUUAAGAACUCAGGAGGCAUCUGGUGUGGUGGCCACACCUCUAGUCCUAUCCACUAGGGAGGCUGAGGCAGGAGGAUUACAAGUGGAGGCCAGCCUGGAUAAUUUAAUGAGACCCUGUCUCAAAAUAAAAAUGGCUGGGGUUCAGUGGUAAAUCACCCCUAGGUUCAACUCCCAGCACCAAAAGAAAACCUCGGGAGGACAUGUGUGUAGUAGAUGCUCCUGCGCCUCUGGUGGCCACACAUUCUGAUAAAGCCAUCAUAAAUGGAGGCGGGUUUGAGAACUGUUGUCUACCCGGACCCCGGAGGCACCAAAAGCUAAGCACUGGACCUGGUCACUCACAUAAAACCACACAAAAUCCCCAUGUGGGACCUCAACUCAUUAGGAGGCUUUAGACCUCUACUGUCACACGGACAGUGACAUCCAUGGGCCACACCUGUGCCAUGCGCAUGUUCCAACAGGCGCUGGGCUGGCUGAGCCUGUCUGUGGUGGAAGGUGGAGCCCCUGUUCCCUCAGGGUCCAUCAAGACCAGGAGCCACCAUGCCGGCCCCCUCCUUCUCUCCCCAACUUAGAGGCUUCUCUGCUUCUGGUGCCCCAGCCCCUCGCCCUGGCCUCCGGCCCCACCCACCCUCAGUGGCCUGACUGGUUCCCAACAAAAACACCCUGAGAAUGAGCUCACAGGGAGCUGCCGCCUCCACGUGCCCCGCCCCCCACGCCCAGCAGAGGAGGUGCCUCUGUUCCCAGGGCACACUGCUGGCUGGGAGCUCUGGGCAGGGUGCUAGGGACCUUGGAGAGGGAAGGGCCAGCCCCGCGAGCUGAGUGCAGGUGGGGGGAUCAAGAGCCAGCUGAGUGCCCUCUUGGUUAAUUACAUACAGUAAAAUUUUGGAAUUGUCCUCAGGGCAGAGCCCUGGCUUCAGAAGACAGACAGAGGAGCAGCCAUGUCGGUGCAGGUGGUGCCCCCUGGGAGCAUGGGGCUGGGCUCAGAGCGCCUGAACCCUGAGGAGCUGGUGCGGCAGACUCGGCAGGUGGUGCAGGGGCUGGAGGCCCUGCGGGCAGAGCACCGCAGCCUGGCUGGGCACCUGGCGGAGGCCCUGGCAGCACAUGGUCCUGCGCCUGGCUUGGAGCUGCUGGAGGAGAAGCAGCAGGUGGUGGGCCACUCCCUGGAGGCCAUCGAGCUGGGGCUAGGCGAAGCCCAGGUGCUGCUGGCCCUCUCGGCGCACGUGGGUGUGCUGGAGGCGGAGAAGCAGCGGCUGCGGGCUCAGGCCCGGAGGCUGGCGCAGGAGAACGUCUGGCUGCGCGAGGAGCUGGAGGAGACGCAGCGGCGGCUGCGGGCCAGCGAGGAGGCCGUGGCGCAGCUGGAGGAGGAGAAGCACCACCUUGAGUUCCUGGGGCAGCUGCGGCAGUAUGACCCGCCCGAGGAGAGCCAGCGCCCCGAGUCCCCCCCUCGCCGAGACAGCCUGGCCUCCCUGUUCCCCAGUGAGGAGAGGAGAGGUCCUGAAGCAGCAGGGGCCGCGGCAGCCCAGCAGGGCGGAUACGAGAUCCCUGCCCGCCUUCGGACCCUGCACAACCUGGUGAUCCAGUAUGCGGGCCAGGGCCGCUACGAGGUCGCUGUGCCUCUGUGCCGCCAGGCCUUGGAGGACCUGGAGCGGAGCUCAGGCCACUGCCACCCUGAUGUGGCCACCAUGCUCAACAUUCUGGCCCUGGUGUACCGGGACCAGAACAAGUACAAGGAGGCGACAGACCUUCUCCAUGACGCCCUGCAGAUCCGGGAGCAGACACUGGGUCCUGAACACCCUGCAGUGGCCGCCACCCUCAACAACCUGGCUGUCCUCUACGGGAAACGUGGGCGUUACCGGGAGGCAGAGCCCCUGUGCCAGCGUGCCCUGGAGAUCCGUGAGAAGGUCCUGGGCGCCGACCACCCAGACGUGGCCAAGCAGCUCAACAACCUGGCCCUGCUCUGCCAGAACCAGGGCAAGUUCGAGGACGUGGAGCGGCAUUACGCCCGCGCCCUGGGCAUCUACGAGGCCCUGGGUGGCCCCCACGACCCCAAUGUGGCCAAGACCAAGAACAACCUGGCCUCCGCCUACCUGAAGCAGAACAAAUACGAGCAGGCAGAGGAGCUGUACAGGGAGAUCCUCCACAGGGAGGGCCUGCCACCAACUUUGGGAGCUCCUAACACAGGCACAGCUGGUGAAGCAGAACAACAGGCUCUUCGAAGGAGCAGCUCAUUCUCUAAGCUCCGUGAGUCUCUCCGGCGGGGAAGUGAGAAGCUGGUGUCCCGCCUCCGAGGGGAGGGCUUGGCAGGGGCAGCAGGGAUGAAGAGAGCCAUGUCCCUAAAUGUGCUGAAUACAGAGAAUGUCAGAGCUCCGGGGGCUCAGCUCCGCAGUCGGCCCUUGAGUGAGCUCCCUCGGACCCUCAGCGCCAGUAUCCAGGACAUGAGCCCCCGCUAACACGGAUGGGACCAUGCAGCUUCUCCAGAAUGGGGGGUGCCUGGGAGGCGGGGGGCCAGUGGGUCGGACAUCAGUGCUGCCUUCUCCCCCGUAAUUAAAGGCUAUAGAUUUGGAAUGUC